AUGGCUUUCUUUGGUAAACUUGGGAGUAUUCUACGACAAGCUACAAACAGGAAAAUUGUUUCAGAAUUGCGUCCUUCCCCAUCUGUUUUCCAGGCUAUAAGAUGCAUGUGCUCUGCCCCAACCACAAAGCUAUUUAUUGGGGGUAUUUCAUAUUCAACUGAUGAGCCAAGUUUGAGGGAAGCCUUUUCAAGAUACGGAGAAGUACUUGAUGCUAGGGUAAUUAUGGAUCGCGAAACUGGGAGAUCCAGAGGAUUUGGCUUUAUCACUUUCAAUUCAGUUGAGGAGGCAUCCAGUGCUAUUCAGGCCUUGGAUGGUCAGGACCUUCAUGGUCGUCGAGUUAGGGUAAAUUAUGCUAAUGAAAGACCCCGUGUUUAUGGCGGCGGCGGCUCUUAUGGCAAUGCACCAUACGGUGGUGGAGCUGGGUAUGCAGGUGGAGCUGGGGGCUAUGGUGGAGCUGGGUAUGCAGGUGGGGGUGGUGGCUAUGGGGGAGGUUACGGUGGUGGUGGAUAUGGUGGAGGCAGCUCUGGGCCAGGUGGAAAUUAUGGGGGCAGUGAUGCUGGCAAUAACUAUUCUGCUCCUAGUGGAAGUGGGGCGAGUUAUGGGAAUGAUGGCAGCAGUGGUUUUCCGUCUGACUUUGGCUCUGCAGGUAGUGGCACUAGCUCUGCUGGUGGAUAUGAUGGAAGUGGGGGGUUAGGAUAUGGCAACAUUGGUUUUCCGGCUGAUGUUAGUGGUGCAGGCAGUGGCACUGGCUCUGCUGGUGUACACUUUGAUAGCAAAGACAGUGGCGAUGUAAAUGAGGAUUUGGGAAAUUUUAGGGAUGACAAUGAUGAUGACACUGAUAAUUUUGCCAAAAGGGCCUGA